AUAGGCAGCGCCAAAGUGGUGACAGAAAAAAUCCCAGGAGAAAGCAUUUUGCCUUGUACUUGGACAGCUGCUGGGUCCACCGUGGCUCCUGUGACGAUUAGCCAUGUGGUAUCAUUUUCCUCUCAGGAUCCCAGAUAUCCAGUGGAGAACUUGCUGAACCCAGCCAGUCAGAGGCGACCUUGGCUCAGCUGCCCUCAGGACAAGAGUGGGCAACUGAAAGUAGAGCUACAGGUGGAGAGGGCAGUGCCCAUUGGCUACAUUGAUGUGGGUAACUGUGGCCGUGCUUUCCCGCAAAUUGAUGUGGGUCGUUCUUCCUGGUCCCUGGACAGACCUUUCGUUACCCUGCUCCCUGCAGCCAUGCUAAUGUCCCUGGCUGAUUCAACAGGGAAAAACCGCUCAGGGAACCGCAUGUUUAAAGAUGAUGACUUCCUGGCUCCAGCCUCAGGUGAGUCAUGGGAUCAACUUCACCUGACCUGCUCCCAACCCUUCACACAUCAUCAGUCCUUUGGCCUGGCCUUCCUGUGGGUGUGUUCCUCUCUGGACACCUUAGAUGACCCUGUGGUGGGUCCCUCAGCCCCUGUGAGCUCGGGGCUGAGCCAGGGCUCUUCUGAUGCUCAGAAGUCUGGUCCCAACCCCUGGCUGGCUAAUCCUUCCACCUGGAGGACAUUCUUCCCAGAUCCCCAAACGACCACCAAGGAAAUUUCAGAGCUCAGGAAUAUCCUAAAGCAGCUGCAGCCAGGGACUUCAGGGUGUUCAGCCUGCAUGGUGCUUUCAGCUGCCCCCAAGGCACCUCCAGCCCGUGUGGUAAGCCCAAAACACAACCAUGCAGAACCAGGUCCCGGUCAUCGGGACAGCACAGAGCCCAGACCAGACGAACAAAACACAGAGAAAGAUGUGGGCAGGACGAAGAGGCCUAAAGUGCAAGCCCAAAGGCCUGUAUUCAACUCAAACUCUCGGCCAAAACAGAGGGGGCUAGCAAAGGCAGGCCAAAGAGAACACCAGCAACCCCAGGCCCGAAGCAGUGGUGUCCAGGAUAGCAGACAGUGCCCCAUUUGUGCCGGCUCCUUCAGCAUUGUGAUGCUUCCCCAGCAUGCUGCCACUUGUGGAGAGACCUCCCCACCUCCCCAGGCCUCUCCCUCCUCGUCACCAUCUUCAUCACCGUCUGUACUAUGGCAACUAUGUCCUCUCCCCUUUCCCAGAUUUCAUUGUGUGGCAUUAACACCAGUUCCCAUGGUCUCCAGGCGUCAGCCUAAGUGGACCAAGAUCAUGAACAGAAAGCUUAAGUUCCCACCUCCGCUGCUGGGUGCCAUGGACCUGGUGUAGCAGCUGCUGGAGUUGCGGGUUGAGGCCACAGACAGCGGGCCAGGCGGGCCCCUGCAGAAUGUGGAGGAGGCUGAGGACCGCUCCUGGAGGGAGGCCCUCAAUCUGGCCAUCCGCCUGGGCCACGAGGCCAUCACUGAUGUGCUGUUGGCCAGUGUCAAGUUCGACUUCCGGCAGAUCCACGAGGCCCUGCUGGUGGCUGUGGACACAAACCAGCUGGCAGUGGUGUGCCGCCUGCUGGCCUGGCUGGAAUGGGAGAAGGGCUGCAAGGUGGACACCAGGUCUAGUUUCUCACUGGCCUUCUUUGACUCAUCAAUCGAUGGCCCCCGCUUUGCCCCUGGUGUCACCCCCCUCACCCUGGCCUGCCAGAAGGACCUGUAUGAGAUCACCCGGCUGCUCAUGGACCAGGGCCACACCAUCGCCCGGCCCCACCCCGUCUCCUGUGCCUGCCUCGAGUGCAGCAACACAUGCUGCUACGAUCUGCUCCAGUUCUCCCUGUCCCGCAUCAACACCUGCCGUGGCAUUGCCAGCUGCGCCCACCUCUCACUGGCCAGCGAGGACGCCAUGCUGGCUGCCUUCCAGCUCAGCUGCAAGCUCAAGCACCUUGCCCACAAGGAGCCUGAGUUUAAACCCGAGUACAUUGCCCUGGAGUCGCUGAGCCAGGACUACAGCUUUGAACUGCUGGGCAUGUGCCGGCACCAGAGCGAGGUCACUGUGGUGCUCAAUGACCUGGGCAAGGACAGCAAGACUGAGCCCGAGGCCGAGGGUCUGGGCCAGGCCUUUGAGGAAGGCAUCCCCAACCUGGCGAGGCUGCGACUGGCCAUCACCUAUAACCAGAAGCGGUUCGUAGCACCCCCCAUCUGCCAGCAGGUCCUGUCCUCCAUCUGGUGUUGGAACCUGGCUGGCUGGCGUGGAAGCACCACUACCUGGAAGCUCUUUGUCGCCUUCCUCAUCUUCCUCACCACGCCCUUCCUCUGCCUUGGCCACUGGCUGGCGCCCAAGUCCCGGCUGGGCCGCCUGAUGAAGAUCCCGGUGCUGAAGUUCCUGCUGCACUCGGCCUCCUAUCUGUGGUUCCGCAUCUUCCUGCUGGGAGAGUCCCUGGUCAUGGAGACGCAGCUGAGUACCUUCUGAGGCCGCAGCCAGAGUGUCUGGGAGACUUCACUACACAUGGUUUGGGUUGCAGGCUUCCUGUGGUUUGAGUGUAAGGAAGUGUGGAUCGAGGGCCUGUGCAGUUACCUCCCAGACUGGUGGAACAUCCUGGACACAGUCGCCUUGUCCCUGUACCUGGCGGCCUUCACGCUCCUGGCCGGGCUGGCCCACAGGCACUGCCGGGAUGCCCCAGACGGGGCUGCCUGCCGCUACUUCACCUUGGCUGAGCGGAGCGAGUGGCGCACACAGGACCACCAGUUCCUGGCUGAGGUGCUCUGCUUCACCCGCCUGGCCUACAUCCUGCCGGCCCACAAGUCGCUGGGCACCCUGCAGAUUUCCAUUGGCAGGAUGAUCGAUGACAUGAUCCGGUUCAUGUUCAUCCUCACGAUUAUCCUGACCGCCUUCCUCUGCGGCCUCAAAAAUGUCUACGUGCCUUACCAGGAGACAGAGCAGCUGGGCAAUUUCAACGAGACCUUCCAGUUUCUGUUCUGGACCAUGUUUGGCAUGGAGGAGCACAGUGUGGUUGACAUGCCCCAGUUUCUGGCGCCGGAAUUUGUGGGCCGGGCCCUCUACGGUAUCUUUACCAUCGUCACGGUCAUUGUGCUGCUCAACAUGCUCAUUGCCAUGAUCGCCAACUCCUUCCAGAAGAUUGACGCUGCUGACGUGGAGUGGAAGUUUGCUUGCUCCAAGCUCUACCUGUCCUACUUCCGAGAGGGCCUGACACUGUCCGUGCCCUUCAACAUCCUGCCCUCCCCCAAGGCUACCUUCUAUCUUCUCAGGAGAAUUUUCCUUUUCAUUUGCUGUUGCUGCUCCUGCUGCAAAACCAAGAAGCCAGACUCUCCCCCAAUCCCCACCUUUUCCAAUCCUGGGGCAGGGGCAGGGCCUGGGGAGGAAGAGCGUGGAUCCUACUGGCUUCAUGUCAUCAAGGCUCUGGUACAGCGCUACAUAGAGACUGCGCGGCGGGAGUUUGAGGAGACCCGUUGGAAAGACCUGGGCAACAGACUGACAGAGCUGACCAAGACAGUAUCUCGACUGCAAAGUGAGGUAGCCGGUGUGCAGCGGACUCUGGUGAAGGGAAGGCUGCGCCGGCCACCGGACGGUGCCAGCAUCCUCUGUCGCUCCAUCACCCAAGUGUGCAACAGCUUCCAGAACCUGGGCCCUCCCAUCCCUGAGACCCCAGAGCUGACAGUGCCAGGGAUUGUGGGGACCCAGGUGUCUUCAGAAACUGGGCUUCAGGACGCAGGCAGGGCCAGGACUCCAGCAUCUGGAGAGUCUGGCCCCUCCUCCCCAGCUCACGUGCUAGGGCACAGGGAGCAAGAAUUAGAGGGGCCUGGGGACGUGCCCCAGGAGGAAGACCUGGGAACCAAGGAGGGGUCCUGA